CCAAAGCACGCCACAUUGCCCGGUAUGCUAUUGAACCGCUUUUCUUCCUCCGACUCCCAACCAUUCUCCCGCUUGACCUUCGUCCAUGUCUAUAUCGUAGGUAGACUUGAGAGUAUAGCAGUCACUGACAGCUCGCCUCUGCAGUCUCCUUUUUAGCAACACCAGUAUCGCGGAGAGACCAGCUAUCGUAUGGCAGCUCAAUCACAUUCAUGUAUCCCUACUGGGAAAAAUUGAGUUCGAUUGGGAGAUAAAAGGUACUGGGCAACGGGGCCGGACCGAAACUGGUGCCGUGGCCCUGCAUCUGCAUCCAAAUAUGCUCGACGCAUACAUAUCCUUGGAGGAAGCGGUUUUAGGGUUCUCAUCUCUUGAAUUACUGGAGGAGCUUCGGGUAUGGCUGAACAUCGUGGACGGCGAAUGCACAUCGUUGCUACACCACGUUCUCACCGAAAGGAACGCCGGAAGAGUUGACGCGAGCCUUCGCAGGAGAGACGUGCCGGAAGACGUCCCAGAAUGGGACGACGUAGCAAAUUCUAUGGAGCAAGCCAUCUCAUCGUGCAAGCGGUGCGCCAGCAUUACGCUUUCACCCGCUCCUACCACGGGAGACCUGUCAACGGGCGAUCGCGAAUUUCAGAAAUCACACGGAAAGCAGGGUCCUUCUAGCAGAAACCACAACAGCGCUGGGAACUCCAAGGACGGUGGUGGUGUAAGGCCGGUGGCAGGGCUUUACAUGGAGUAUCUUGAGUCUCGGGAACCCGCCGCCAACCACACUUUUCACGACAUCAAGGAUGGUAUUGUUCCGCUGAGACCUUUGUCUGUUACCUUUGGUAGAAUGAGGCACAACGACCCGCAGUUUAUGGGAGAAUACAUGGUGAGAUACGGACACCUUGCUUGCUGAAGUCCUCCCCGUGAGAUAAGUACGGUACUCAUAGCUGAUGGGGAAUGCUGCCAGGUCUUGGAAUACUUAUAACGAUCCCUUGGUGAUGGUUAUCAACCCACGAAGCACUGGAAAAGCCCAUUGCGUGUCGGUGCUGGACAUCCCGCUCCCGAGCAAGACGCAGAGCCUGCUGCCACUUUUGUGAUCACCGACGUGUCCAACAAGUUGCGGUCGAGGCUUUUUGAAGACGUUGACCAACGUCUGAAGAUAUUGGCGGUACAGGUGACAUUUCACCUGUCCGUCUAUGUAACUGAAGGGCCACUGAACACACCGUUUCGACUUACAAAUACACAUGCUAAGUUGGUGAGUUGGCAACAUUUUGACCUGAAAAUUAUAUCGUA